CCCCACCCUGACCAGCCUCUGAGCCCAGCAGCAGCCAGCGGAGCCGCACACAGCCGCCCGUCUAUGGGACACUGAGGACUCCAUCAGGCAUCCCCGGAGCCCCGGGGGAAGGACGUACACCCGCUCUUUUUGGUUAUUCCUGUCGGUUAGAUUGCUAUUUUUUUCCCACCAGUGGAACUUUCUUAUUCCUCUUCUUUUUAAAAAAACAAAUCGUGUUCCUAUUAAGAAACUUUCCCUUAUGGUUCGCAAAUAUGGGGUCAAGUUGUGGUUUCUCUCUGGGAGACAUCGUUCGGCUGCUGCUGCUGUUUGGAGGAGUUACAGGGCUGUACUUCCCUCAGAAAGAGUACAGUGAGACGGUGUACAUUGGCCAGCCAGCAGGGAGCCCAAUCCUCCAGGUCCACGCCAUGCUGGACAGCAACUCGGAGCGGCCGCAUUUCUACCUGUGUGGGAGACGUCAGCUCUACAGUUCUUGGUUCCACAUGGACAUCCCCACCGGAGUAUUAUAUCUGAACAAAACUCUGGAGGAGACGGACCUCUCCUCACUGCAACAAAAUCCAUGGCCGCCGAAGAAAUUGUCCCUUCAAGUCAUUGCUUUGAAUGGCUUCACCAAGCGGUCCCAGUGCGUCACGGAAAGAUCCGCUCACAUCACGCUGGACUUUGUCAAUGGCACCAUGCCACAGUGUGCUCAGACGGAUAUGAAGGAACUUUGCUUCCCGUACAGAGACACCUCCAACCCCCAUAUCACAGAAAACAGGUUCCCUGGGGCCCUCCGGCAAAUGCGACGUCUCACAAGGAUCAACGUUUGCACCAACUACACCAUCUCCUACACUGUGGAAUCUGAUACCCCGGGACCUUUCGCUGUGAACGAGAACACCACGGAGCUGGUGGUGACUGCUCCCUUGGACCGAGAGGAGAGUGAAUGCUACCGGCUCUUAAUGGUUUGCACAGUCCGAACGGACACCCGCAUCACCAAGGUGGAAACCUCCCUGGAUGUCUUUGUGGACGAUGAGGACGAUAACGCGCCAUACGUCAACGGAACUGACACUGCAGACGUGGUCAUCAGCUUCAAUCGGACUAAGGGUGGAACUUUUGGCACCUUGUUUGUCUUUGAUAGGGAUCUAACAACCAUAUUUCCUAGAGACCGGAGUCACAAUAGAUAUGUGGAGACAUUGCUCAGCAAUGAUGCCUGGAUAAAAGAAACAUUUGACAUAAAAGGCAACUUUAAUGAAAGAAGAGUUGCUCAUAGAGGCAUUCGAGAGUCUGUCCAUGACUACCAGCUCGUCCUGAAGAGGAACCUGUAUGUGACAGAGAAUCGAAGCGUGUAUCUGGAUUACCUUGUCAACGACACCACUUAUCCUGGUCUAGAAGGAACAGUGUUGCUGCACUUCAAUGUUACCAUCUUACCGGUCCACAUCAAUUUUGCCAACAUCACACACACGUUCACUCUGUCACGCAAAGCUUCUGUUUAUGCAAAGGUUGGCAGAAUCUGCGUGGAAAACUGUCUGCUGUUUGAUGGCUUCGGUGUGACGUACCAGCUUGAGGUGCCAGAUAAAAACAUUUCUGCUGACUUGAUGUCCUGCUAUGCUGCCAUAAGCAUCACUCAGGCUGAGGAGGGGACCUGGGGACUGUUAUAUGUGAAUGACUCGGAGGCGCUGAGCAAGCCUGAGUGCCAGGAACUGCAGUACCUUGUUGUAGCUCAGGAGGGACACACACAGCUGGAGGCCACCACUCAGAUCCACAUCGUGCUGGAUGGUGAAGCACUCAAAGCCAGCCAGGAGAGCCAGCAGUUCCUGUCCUGUGCAGAGAACAGGCAGCGAGGAGAGUGUGAGUCUGCUCUCGGCCUGGGAGCAACGGCAGGGAGAUGCCAGUGGAGACAGGGCACUGGCAAAGAUAGCAUUUGUGAUGCGGUGGAAAGCAAAGACAGGUCAAUAUGCCCGCAGGACUGUACAAGGGAAGCUGUGAUUGGAGGGCACGAGCGAGGCCUGACUGGGUUCGGCAUCAAGGCCUGCCAUGGAACCUGCUACUGCUUUGCUGAUAAAUGCUUUUGUGAGAAGGCAGAUAUUGAAGAGGUUAUAUGUGAUGAAAUGUGUAAGACCAUCAUCGCCACAGCUCUGCUCCUCUCCUUCAUUGUGUCCAUCCUCCUGUCCUCAUACUUCAUCCACCGCUACCACAAGAACACACCAAAGCCACCGAUAGCUUCAGCUGAGAUGACUUUCCGUCGACCAGCGCAGGCCUAUCCCAGAAACUUUCCAGCAAAUAACCUACGCCGGGGCUCCCAGGAAUCCAUCGAAACGGACACCUUUAAAAUACCUGAGGAUCCAAAGUGGGAGUUUCCUCGUAAAAACCUUGUACUUGGCAAGACUUUAGGAGAAGGAGAGUUUGGGAAAGUCGUCAAGGCAACGGCCUUCAGGCUGAAAGGAAAAGCUGGUUACACGACCGUGGCUGUGAAAAUGCUUAAAGAGAACGCUUCGCACAGUGAGCUGCGUGACCUCCUGUCAGAAUUUACUCUGCUGAAGCAAGUCAACCACCCACAUGUCAUAAAGAUGUAUGGAGCGUGCAGCCAGGAUGGUCCAUUGUAUCUCAUCGUCGAAUAUGCCAAGUACGGGUCACUCCGUAAUUUCCUGAGAGAGAGCCGGAAAGUUGGCCCCAGCUACAUGGGCAGGGAUGCAAACCGAAACUCCAGCUACCUGGAGAACCCAGACGACAGGGCCCUCACCAUGGGAGACCUGAUCUCCUUUGCCUGGCAGAUAUCCAGAGGCAUGCAAUAUCUGGCAGAAAUGAAGAUAGUGACGCUGGGAGGGAAUCCAUACCCGGGCAUCGCACCUGAGCGCCUAUUCAACCUCCUCAAGACGGGAUACAGGAUGGAGAGACCAGAGAAUUGCUCCGAGGAAAUGUAUAACCUCAUGCUACGAUGCUGGAAACAAGAGUCAGACAAGAGGCCAACAUUCUCAGACAUCAGCAAGGAGCUGGAAAAGAUGAUGGUGAAGAGUCGGGAUUACCUGGACCUGGCAGCGUCCACCCCGGCUGACGCCCUGCUGUACGACGACGCACUCUCUGAAGAGGACACACCCCUUGUGGACUGUAAUAACGCCCCUCUCCCUCGAACCCUCCCCUCCACAUGGAUUGAAAACAAGCUCUAUGGUAGAAUCUCCCAUGCAUUUACUCGAUUUUAGAAACAGGACACACUACACAAGCUCUCUUUUUUGGCAAGCUGUGAUUGGCUUUUCUGUAGUCAAGUGUGUGUGACUGUGAUCUAGGCAUGCCUUUUGUUGUUUGAUGCUGACAUAUCUCCCAUUUCAUCGUAAAUGAGAGGCUCAGUGAGAAAGAAAAAAAAAAGAUCUUGUGUCUUGACUUUUUUCUGUUUGUUGUUUGUUUGUUUGUUUUCUUUGGACCUGCUUCUAAUGUACAUGAACGCUGACCAAAAAUGCAGCAUUUGUAUAUAUUUACUAUAUAUAUUCCCUUCAUUCUUAUUUAUAAGCCAUAAUUCCUAUUCAUAUGCCAUCUGCAUCUAAUUUGUAAAUAGCUCAUUUUUCCAAUUCCAUGCCAUUUCGGUUGCUAUCGUUUCAACGUUUGUUUGCACUGGAGGAGACAGUUUGUAACAUUUGAAACAGGUCCGCACCGAUUCAGUCAUUAACUGUGGUUCGAAGUCCAGAUUGUCUGUCCUGACUUUCUUAUAUGCAUUAGAGAUAAACCUAUUUUAAUCACACAAUGCUGAUCAGAGGAACAGUGAGGCUUUUGAAUACAACUCUCAGGUGAAAAUGAUUCAAGGUAAAUAGCAAACUUGAGGAGUUGAUUGCAUUAAAAUUUCUUAAAUGACCAAAGGAAAGCUCCUGUUAAAAUCUCAGUAGAUUAAGAAAUAUUGUUGUCAAAUCAGGGGCUGUUGCAGAGAAAGACACCACUGAGUUUGAUUUGAAAGCCUUACUGUUGGCACGCUGUUUACCUUUCACUGAGUGCAGAAAAAUGAUAUGUUCUCAUUUUUAGGCAUGUCAUACCCCAACUGGCCCGAGACGAGCCCGGUACCGCUCAACAGACAUGAUGCCACUAAUCCAGUCUUUACAAGAUAUGCCAAUGAUAGUGUUUAUGCAAACUGGAUGGCUUUGCCUUCACCCGCAAAAGCUGUGGACAAGCUUGAUAGUUAAAGACAAAUCAACACUGUAGAAAAGAUGACUAAUUGGUAGAUGUAUAUAUUUCUGUAAGACUGUACAUAAACGAUCUGAUGUUAAAGUUGGUUCCCUUUUAUUUCUGUUGCACGGGUAUUGAAGUUUUACUGGGGUCUCUUUGCUGCAAAACUGUCAACAAUGACCAUGUUCCAUUCAGCUCUUCACUGUUAAUCAUUACCUCACAGGUCAUGUUGGCCAAGAUGUAUCACUGCAUGACUAUUGUACAAGAUUGUAUGUCAGUCUCAAAGUCUUUUAAGUGCCUGUGCUGCUUCUACAAUAGCCUCCAACUGUCAGUGUGCAACCACGCAGAUGUUGUUCCAGCCCAGGAAUGAGAGAGGACGUCUUUACCAUCACUGGUUGCAGAAAGCUAGGAUUGAGUGGACAAAAGUGAAACGCUGAACUGGUUCUGAAAAUUUAAAGUUUCUACUUAUUGGGGAUUGUGCUCCUCAAAAUGUCAAAGACCCAUUUUUGUGUUUGUCCCACAAGAUGAUUCAAAGCUGCCAAAGAAAUGCAAACGUGUUCCAUGAACUGUUUUCUUAUAUUUGCUUUUGUUUUUGACUGCUUACUUUUAUUCUUUUUUAUUUUUCGUUAUAAAUAUCAUCUAGUGAGAAACACUCCACUAAUAGGACAUAAUGUAGAUUAUGACCAUGUCCUGCGUCAGGCAACAGUUCACAUUUCCAUUCACUGUAAUGAUUAUGUAAACCAAUGAGUGACACUGCUGUUAUGUUGUUAUUUGAUUAUGUUCCAGUUAAUAAUAAAUACUAAAAACAU